UCGGGCGGGGGGACACCCGGCCAUGCGGGGCCGGCGGCAGCGGCGCGGGUGAGGCGGGCGGCGCUCCAUGGCCGGCGGGUCGGGGUGAGGCAGGCGCGGCCAUGGCGGGCGUGAGCUACUCGCCGCCCUGGUGGGUGAGCCUGCUGCACCGCCUGCCGCACCUCAGCCUGCGCUGGGAGCUCACCUCCGCCGACUUCCGACCGCAAGACGCCGAGUACCAGCAGGCCCUGCUGCUGUUGGGUGGCAUCGCUCUGUCCUGCCUGGCUCUGGACCUGCUCUUCCUCCUGUUCUACUCCUUCUGGCUGUGCUGCCGCCAUCGGAAGAGUGAGGAGCACCUCAAUGCUGACUGCUGCUGCACAGCCUGGUGUGUGAUCAUCGCCACCCUCGUSUGCAGUGCUGGAAUUGCUGUCGGCUUCUACGGCAAUGGGGAGACCAGUGACGGCAUCCACCGGCUGACGUACUCGCUGCGCCAUGCCAACCGCACCGUGGCCGGCGUCCAGGACCGGGUUCUGGACACUUCAGUGGCCCUGAACCAAACAGUGGAACCAAACUUGCUUGUCCUGGAGGAGAUGUUCAAAAAGCAGACAGACUACCUGCAUAUUGUCCAGAAACUGCAAAGUCUCUUGGAUGAUCUGGUCAGGCAAACAACUGAGAUCCCCUUUUGGAAGAAUGAUGAGCUGUCUCUGGAGGAGCUGGCAAUUCAGAUUGACCUCUAUGACUGGUACAGGUGGCUGGGGUACCUGGGCCUGCUCCUGUUUCAUGUCCUGAUAUGUUUGCUGGUGCUCUUUGGGCUCAUUAGAAACUCCAGGGCCAUUCUUAUGGGGGUGUGCUUGCUUGGGGUGUUUGCCCUGAUUGUCAGCUGGGGAUCCCUGGGCCUGGAGCUGGCUGUCGCUGUGGGCUCCAGUGACUUCUGUAUCAACCCUGAUGCUUAYGUCUCCAAAGUGAUUGAAGAGAAUGCAGUGCUCAGUGCUGAGACUAUGCGCUAUUACAUGACCUGUAGUGCUGGAUACCCCAACCCUUUCCAGCAGAAGCUGUCAGGAAGUCACAAGGCUCUGGUAGAAAUGCAGGAUGAUGUGUCGGAGCUCAUGAGGUCAGCRACCAAGGAGCACCCCACCUCCAAGGAGUACCUUACUCGGAUCCAGGAGGUUUUGAAUACAACAGAGAUCAACUUGCAGCAGCUGACAGCUUUAGUAGACUGUCGGAGUCUGCAUUUGGAUUAUGUCCAGGCUCUGACAGGCUUCUGCUAUGAUGGAGUGGAAGGCCUCAUCUACCUGGUUCUCUUCUCCUUUGUCACUGCCCUCAUGUUCAGUUCCAUUGUCUGCAGCGUCCCACACACUUGGCAGCAAAAGAGAGGCUCAGAUGAUGAUGGGGAAGACGAAUCAGCUGCUCAAGGGAGUAGACAGACACACGAUAAUCUGUACAGAGUGCACAUGCCCAGCCUCUAUAGCUGUGGGAGUAGUUAUGGCAGUGAGACCAGCAUUCCAGCAGCAGCACACACAGUCAGCAAUGCUCCCGUCACGGAGUACAUGAGCCAGAAUGCAAAUUUCCAGAACCCCCGUUGCGAGAAUACCCCGCUCAUUGGCCGGGAGUCCCCACCUCCCUCAUUGUAUUUGGCUGCCAUGGACAGUAGCAGCCAUAUGAGCUGGCAGCUUAAGCCCUCGGACAGUGCACGGACAUACUGGUAACAGCGCCYGCAAAUGGAACAGUACACCUCCAGCAUGAGAGCCAAAUACCUCGCCACCAACCAACCUCGUCCAGAUGCUGGCAGUGUGCAUUAAAAUGAAAACACAAAAGCAAAAAAAAAAACAAAAACAAAAC